UUUCACACCCAUAGAGUGAAAGUGAUUGAGAUCUUCAGUGAAGCUCCUCUUACAACAAUCCACCAAUAAAUGCUGGAGUCAAACACACAGAGAAAUCACUCCAUGUGUGACAACUGAAAUCUUCAUGACAUAAUGUUGAUGCUGGUGAAAGAGGAGCUUGAGAAGAUGACAGAUCCACAACCAUGCAGAAUAAAGGAAGAAGAUACUGAGGAACAAAUAGAUAUGAUUGAAGUGAAAGAGGAGAGUCAAGCUGAAGUGGAUGAGAAACAUCAGAUUGUAAAAAUAAACCAUAAUGUUUCACAGAAAGAAACUCUGAAGACAGAAGACAUAAAGUGUGAAAAGAGUUUCAAUGAAGAUGAACGCCCUGCAGUUCACAAGAGGACUCACAGUGAGGAGAAACCUUUCACAUGUCAACAGUGUGGAAAGAGUUUUAGAAGAAAAGCUCACCUUAAAGAUCACAAGAGGACUCACAGUGAGAAGAAACCUUUCAAAUGUCACCAGUGUGGAAUGAGCUUUAACCGUAAAUCGAGCCUUACCCGGCACAUGAAAGCUCACAGGGGGGAAAAGCCACACGCCUGCCAGCAUUGUGACAAGAGUUUCCAAGAUACAAGUCAACUUAAGAUACACAUUAGAGUUCACACUGGAGAGAAACCUUACACGUGUCAUCUGUGUGGAAAGAGUUUCACAUUUCAAACAAGCCUUAACCAUCACAUGAAAACUUGCAGUGGGGAAAAGCCACACGCGUGCCAUCAUUGUGACAAGAGGUUCCAAUGUACAAGUGAACUUAAGAUACACAUGAGGUCUCACACUGGAGAGAAACCUUACACGUGCCAUCAGUGUGGAAAGAGUUUUACAACUGCAAGUGUCCUUAACAGACAUUUGAGAAUUCACACUGGAGUGAAACCUUACACAUGUCAACUAUGUGGAAAGAGUUUCAACUUUCAAGCGAGCCUUAACCUCCACAUAAAAUCUCACAGUGAGAAAAAGCUGCAUGCAUGCCAUCAUUGUGAAAAGAGCUUCCCAUAUGAAAGUCAACUUAAGAGACACAUGAGGUCUCACACUGGAGAGAAACCUUACACGUGUCAUCUGUGUGGAAAGAGUUUCACAUUUCAAACGAGCCUUAAACGGCACAUGAAAAUUCACAGUGACAAGAGAUUCCCAGAUACAAGUAAACUUAAGAUACACAUGAGGUCUCACACUGGAGAGAAACCACAUGUGUGCCAUCAGUGUGGAAAGAGUUAUACAACGGCAAGGGUCCUUAACAGACAUUUGAGAAUUCACACUGGAGUGAAACCUUACACAUGUCAACUAUGUGGAAAGAGUUUCAACUUUCAAGCGAGCCUUAACCUCCACAUGAAAACUCACAGUGAGAAAAAGCUGCACGCAUGCCAUCAUUGUGAAAAGAGUUUCCCAUAUGAAAGUCAACUUAAGAGACACAGGAGGUCUCACACUGGAGAGAAACCUUACACGUGUCAUCUGUGUGGAAAGAGUUUCACAUUUCAAACGAGCCUUAAACGGCACAUGAAAAUUCACAGUGACAAGAGAUUCCCAGAUACAAGUAAACUUAAGAUACACAUGAGGUCUCACACUGGAGAGAAACCACAUGUGUGCCAUCAGUGUGGAAAGAGUUAUACAAUUGCAAGUGUCCUUAACAGACAUUUGAGAAUUCACACUGGAGUGAAACCUUACACAUGUCAACUAUGUGGAAAGAGUUUCAACUUUCAAGCGAGCCUUAACCUCCACAUGAAAACUCACAGUGAGAAAAAGCUGCACGCAUGCCAUCAUUGUGAAAAGAGUUUCCCAUAUGAAAGUCAACUUAAGAGACACAGGAGGUCUCACACUGGAGAGAAACCUUACAGAUGCCAUGAGUGUGAAAAAGGUUUCAGAAGUAAAGGCAACCUUACGACACACAUGGCAAUUCACAUGGAAGAGAAACCUCACACAUGUCUUCAGUGUGGAAAGAGUUUCAGUUUGGAGUAUCACCUUAAGAGACACAUGAUGAUUCACAGUGAAAAGAAACCUCAUGCAUGUCUCCAGUGUGAAAAGAGUUUCCCAUAUGAAAGUCAACUUAAGAGACACAUGAUGAUUCACACUGGAGAGAAACCACAUGUGUGCCAUCACUGUGGAAAGAGUUUUACAACUGCAAGUGUCCAUAAAAGACAUUUGAGAAUUCACACUGGAGAGAAACCUUACACUUGUCAACUAUGAAAAUUCUUGUGAAACGUCAUCAGUCACGGCUCAAGUACUGUUCCAAUUCCAAGUUUGCAUCAAGUCAAGUUCACAUAACAUCUCAGGAUGUGUUCUUGAUCUGCUCAUUUAAUUGAGGAUGCAUCAGCAGGUGACUUGUGUGGACUUAUCACAGCCAAGUUUCUCAGAAUGCAUUUUGUGUCAACGGCAAUGAAGCUUAAAACCGGCACAAUAUUUGAAAUAUUACUCUUUCUGUGUCAUACAAUACAGCCGUUUAGUCAAGAAUAUAGCUGAAUAAACUUUAAAUCUCUGGGUCGGUUUCCUCUGACAAUUUUGGAUAUGUGAGUUCAAGUUAAUCAGCGGGUGGUCAGUGCCGUGUACACCGCCAAGGGCAGCCUUUUUUUGGCAAGUCGUUUUGAAAUUUCCUGCUGGCUCAGUGCAGCUGCUCUGCCCUUCGGUGUCUGAUGGUCAAACACGAAAUAUUUCCUUUGGAUAUAUAUCUGGCAUUUUUCUGUCUCUUUAUUAUUCAUAUGAAGUCUGUUAUUUGUUAUUAUCGUUUUAACUGAUGUUAAAUUUAAGUUUCAUAACUUAAAUCACAUAUAUUUUCUAUAGAAUCUUAACACUAGAUCACUGCCUUUAUACUUUAACUAGAU